AUGUGGCGGGUGUUCGCACGACGGGUGGCCCGGGACGUGGCGGGAAGCCCCGGUCUGGCGCGGAGCUGUCGAGCUCUCAGUGCGGCAGGGGCCGGCCGCGGCGCGGGAGUGGGGGUCGGGGCCGUGCCGCUGUGCCGCGGCCCGGCGAGGGGUGGCCCCGUGCACCGGCCUGGUGGGCUGCUGUUGCCUCCUGCCUGGCCCCGGCUCGUCCCGUGUCGCUGCUGCAGUCUCCCGGCACAUCAGAAGGUGGCCUUGCCAGCCCUGUCCCCCACCAUGCAGAUGGGCACCAUCGCGCGCUGGGAGAAGAAGGAGGGCGACAAGAUCGGUGAAGGGGAGCUCCUCGCAGAGGUGGAGACAGACAAAGCAACAGUUGGCUUUGAGAGUGUGGAGGAAUGCUACUUGGCCAAGAUCCUGGUGCCAGAAGGAACAAGAGAUGUUCCUAUUGGGGCCAUAAUAUGCAUCACAGUAGAAAAGCCUGAACACGUUGAUGCCUUUAAAAACUAUACCCUGGAUUCAGCAGCAUCUGCUCCCCCUGCAGCCUCAGUGCCUCCCCCUCAAGCUACAGCUCCCUCCCCACCACCACCUCCACCUUCACCUCAGGCUCCUGGCAGCUCUUACCCUCCUCAUAUGCAGGUAACUCUCCCUGCCCUGUCACCCACCAUGACAAUGGGCACAGUGCAGAGGUGGGAGAAGAAGGUUGGGGAGAAACUGAAUGAGGGAGACUUGCUGGCAGAAAUUGAGACAGAUAAAGCCACAAUAGGCUUUGAAGUGCAGGAGGAAGGCUACUUGGCAAAAAUCCUGGUGCCUGAAGGAACAAGAGAUGUGCCAUUAGGAACAGCUCUCUGCAUCAUUGUGGAGAAGGAGUCUGAUAUUCCAGCCUUUGCUGACUACCAACCCACUGCAGUACCUGACAUCCAGACACAAGCUCCUCCUCCUCCUCUUCCUCCUCCUUCUCCACCAGUAAUGGCAACUCCUGCUCCUGCUCCCCCUCCCCAGCCUGCUGUUCCUUCUGCUCCAGCAGUCCCCACAGCUGGGGCACCUCCUCACAAAGGAAGGGUCCUGGUUAGUCCCCUGGCAAAGAAACUUGCUGCAGAAAAAGGAAUUGACCUUGCCCAAGUGAAAGGUACUGGACCAGAUGGUAGAAUCACAAAGAAAGAUGUGGAGUCAUUUGUACCAUCAAAGGUUGCUCCAGCUCCAGCACCAGAGGCAGUUCCUGCAGCUGCUGCAGUUGCAGCAGCACCAGUGGGGACCUUCACAGACAUCCCUGUCAGCAACAUUCGGAGGGUCAUCGCUCAGCGCUUGUUGCAGUCUAAACAAACAAUACCUCACUACUACCUUUCUGUGGAUGUAAACAUGGGAGAAGUACUGGUGCUAAGGAAGGAGCUGAAUCAGGAGGUCUCGGAUAACAUAAAGCUUUCUGUCAAUGACUUCAUCAUUAAAGCUUCAGCUCUGGCCUGCCUGAAGGUGCCUGAGGCCAAUUCCUCCUGGCUGGACACCGUUAUUAGGCAAAACCACGUGGUGGAUGUCAGUGUUGCUGUGAGCACUCCUGCAGGGCUCAUCACUCCCAUUGUGUUCAAUGCUCAUGUGAAGGGCCUGGCUUCCAUCAGCAGGGACGUGGUGUCUUUGGCAGCUAAGGCCCGAGAAGGCAAACUUCAGCCUCAUGAAUUCCAGGGUGGUACUUUCACCAUUUCCAAUUUAGGAAUGUAUGGGAUUAAGAAUUUCUCUGCCAUCAUCAAUCCACCUCAAGCCUGCAUCCUUGCAGUUGGUUCCUCAGAGAAGAGAUUGGUGCCAGCUGAUAAUGAGAAAGGGUUCGAUGUGGCCAGUGUGAUGUCUGUUACACUCAGCUGUGACCACCGUGUGGUGGAUGGAGCAGUUGGAGCACAGUGGCUUGCUGAGUUCAAGAAUUUCCUUGAGAAGCCAGUAAGAAUGCUGCUAUAAUUUCCCAUCCUGCAAGCAAAACCUUUCCUGGGUCACACUGUUUUUAUUUGAAACCUGCUAUUUAGACUUUAGUGUUCAGACUUAUUAAAACAAAACAAAACAAAACAAACAAACCA